GGCGCGGGGAGGUGACGUCACUCCGCGCGCGCCGCCGCUGCCGCCGCCGGUACCGGAGGGUCCCGAGAGCGGCGGGGCCGGGGCGGAAGUGACGUGAAGAGACAGCGCGGGGAAACGGCUGGGGAUGGGCGGGAGUGACGUCAGUCGCUGCAGGGGCGCCCCCUGGUGGCCGUGGCCGAGGAGCACUUCCGGGAGCAGGUGCUGGGAAUUCUGGGAAGUGGGCGGGGCCUGGAGGCCUUCCUGGAGCUGGAGCAGCUCUGUCGAAGCCACGCCCCUCCGGGCUCCAAGCCACGCCCCCUCCCGAUCCUGCAGCGUUAUUUUGCCGAGGUUCGCCCCACCCACCCAGCUCCAGCACCACGCCCACUUCCGGCUGAGAAAACCCCACCCACACGCUGACGGGGAAAGAGAUCGAGAUCGACAUCGAGCCCACGGACAAGGUGAGCUCCCAGUUCGGACCGGUAUAAACCAGUAUGGACCAGUUGGGGGUCGGUGGAGCGGAUCAAAGAGCGCGUGGAGGAAAAGGAGGGGAUCCCCCCCCAGCAGCAGCGGCUGAUCUACAGCGGCAAGCAGAUGAACGAUGAGAAGACGGCGGCCGACUACAAAAUCCAGGGGGGCUCCGUCCUCCAUCUUGUGCUGGCCCUGCGAGGGGGCGUGGCCAGGCUCUGAGGGGGCGUGGCCAUGUCCUGGACACUCUCCAAUUCCCUUUAAGCCACGCCCACCUUCGUUUCCCCUUUCCCUGAGGUCAUUUCCUGUUCAUGGAUCCGUUAUUAUUUAAUAAAGGUUCACUGAUAAUGUCA